AAAGAACUGUGCGCAAUUCCUCUGGCGUGAAGAGGUCACAAGCUUCUCGGUCCAGCCCCUGUGCCGAUCACGCACUUCCCAUUGCGCACUGGCACCGGGGGCGAGUCAGAGACAGACCGACGUCCAGUGGGGAUCAGCUGACGCACACCGGGAGACAUGAACAGCCACCACACGCCGCCCACCAACGGAAUGCAGAGCCUACGGAAGGAGCACCUGUACAAGGUGCUGGUCAUUGGGGACCUGGGGGUCGGUAAGACGUCCAUCAUUAGGCGCUACGUGCACCAGACGUACUCAACCAAUUACAGGGCCACGAUUGGAGUGGACUUCGCUCUCAAAGUGCUCAACUGGGACUCUGAGACCAUCAGACUCCAGCUUUGGGACAUCGCAGGCCAGGAGCGCUUUGGCAACAUGACAAGAGUGUACUACCGUGAAGCUAUGGGGGCCUUCAUAGUGUUUGAUGUGACACGGCCUACAACAUUUGAGGCUGUGAUAAAGUGGAAAGAGGACCUAGACUCUAAACUCAUGCUGCCAAAUGGACAAAGUAUCGCCACUGUGUUACUGGCAAACAAGUGCGACCAGGGCAGAGAGCUCACCAACAACUGCAUCAAAAUGGACCAAUUCUGCAAAGACCAUGGAUUUGCUGGUUGGUUUGAGACUUCAGCAAAGGAUAACCUCAAUAUUAAUGACGCAGCCAACUUCCUGGUCAAACACAUUAUGGCGACGGAGAAUGACAUCAUGAAGUCAGUGGUUCCAGACACAAUCUCGCCUCACAUCGAUUCUAACAGACAGAUGAGCUGCAGCAGCUGCCUAAAAUAGCCAUGGACAAUAACGGGACACGCCUCAUGUGAACUACAGGGGGCACUACACAGACCUGGGGCCACUGUUUGGAUAAAAGAUGAAGAUUUAGCAUCUAAUGAAGUUCUCAGAUACCUGCAGUAUCAUUAUAAACCUGCAAAGUGACAUGAACUUGAGCUAACUCAUGUCUCAGUGUGAGUUUCAAAAGACAGUACCGUUAAUGCCCAAUGUAAUUGGACAUUUACAAGAAAGAAAGCAAAGUUUUUAUGAAGAUUUUACAUACAACUUAAAUGACAAAAAGACAGUCCUGAUAGGUCUCAUGUUUGCUAUACCGUAUGUACUUUGUCUGUGAUAAUAGUAAAGUACUGUGCAUAUUAAUUAUAUUAUUUUAUCUUUUACUUCAAAAUAAACCUUAUAAUUUAUAAAACUUUAACUGAGUUUACGAACACAAUAAUGGACAUAGAUUUUAUUCCAGAUGCCUUUCCUGUGCAACUCUUAUCACCCUGGGAUUAAGCACGUCAAGUAGCUAAAUAAAUAAUCAGAAAUAGGAUUAUCAGGAAAGUGAGUGUACUAUGCAUUUCAAAUACAUCUACUUGAAAUACUGUAUUUAUGAUAAUACACCAUUAUUUUAUUAUUUUUACUGCUAAUUUUAACAUGUUUAUGUAAAUUUGAAGGAUUCAUUGUAAGCCUGUUAUUUACUUAAGAGCCUAUAGGCUGUCUAGGAUUUGCAGUAUAUUUGCUAUAUUUGCAGUCAAGCCUGAACAACAAGUCUUCUUAUCCUCAUAUAUUUGCCUUUUCUGCCUAAACUGGGCCAUUUUUAAGAAAACUAAAAUUGUGGUGGUGGAUCGGGGAACUAUUAGGAGUUGCCAAAGACUAUCUAUCUGUCUCCAUGGAAACUAGUCCACUAUCCACGACAUCUGUGUGAAGCUAUUUCUGCAUAGGCGCACAUUUUUUCUAUUAUCCUGCCAUUUUUAUACAUCGUUGUCCUCAGACCACCCACACUGUUCUGUUGUGGAGACAGCAUCUAGAAGAAGUUCAACCUGUGCUAGCGUGUAUUAUAAUAUACUAUAUGGCAUUCUAGUCAACAGGGGGAAAUACACAAAACAAAAUACUGCUAUGUUUGUCCUCAUUUGAAUAUGUCUGUUACAUGGAGUCUCUGCUGAGUUCAUUCUGAGCUACAUUAUUUCUUAUUCAGUGAUGUACAAUAACAGACUGAUUAGCCUCUCUGUUUGUCAGCAGUAAGUCUGUAGGUUCAAUGUUACAGUGGAGUGGCAAGGUUUUUCCAUGUUUUAUGUUUUCUUGUCUAUCAAGUACCAAAAGCAUGUGUGUUGGGGGAUUUAAAUGUUUUUUAAUGAGUUGUCCUUGUCUAAGGCCCUGACCGGGAUAUUAUGGAACAUGUGUAUUUGAGCUUUUAAACCAAAGACUACACAUGUACGGUAGUAUGCUAUGAGUCAGUACUGUAUUCCCAGCUUACCAAAAGGAGUUUUGCCCAUAGGUGGAAAGCUGUUUAUAUGCAUUUUACUCAAGAGACAGGAGUUAUUUUAACUUUGAGCAUCAGAGUACUCCAGCCACCUUCACAGUUCUAUGCUAAUUGACUGCUUGACUUGGCAUAACAUUGUUUGAUUACUAUGUUCUUCAAAAUACCAAGACAUUAUGUAUAUUUUUUUACAAGUUUGCAGGGGUUGGAUCUGUAAAGAGCUGUGCCUUUAUUUUCUUAAAGUCUUCCUGAAAAAUAUUUGCCCUGGUUCUCUGCAACUAAUUCUUGGCAUUCAAGUGUGCAACUCAAUUGUGCAAUUAUUUUGUAACAAGUCAAAGUGAGACAAAUGUCAUUAAAGGUAUACUAUUUUCUGAGCUCUGUCAUAAUGUUGUUUCCUCAUCACAAACAUACCUGGAGUUGUGUUUUAUUUUGUUCACACAUACAAACUCUGCAUUUUUUGGUUGAAUCAUUCUCUCAAAUAAACAAAAAGAACACUUG